AAUUUGCCACAUGGUGUCGCUUCAAACGUUCUGAAUUUUUGUCGUUCGGCAGUAGUGAUAAAAUACCGGGGGAAGACAGUCGAAUGUCUUCGUGUGAAAUCAUGAUGCGUGUUACGUAUAAUUCUGAGAAGAGAGUGAAUCAACAUGCGAUUCCGAAACUCACCUAUCAAUAAUGACGGGAUCCGACGGCGUUUCGUUGCGAUUUCCACAGCUCUUCUUGUCACAACAGCGGCUGGAACAAAAACUUCACCCUUUUGAACACAACUGCGUCAGGAAUAAGAAAAGAUCUCUGCUUGGCCUGUAUUAUCAGCACUUUUGGGUGAAUUGGGAAUAUUACUUACUUAUGCAAAUGCUUUUGUUAGAA